AUGACAAACCAUCUGGUUGAAGUGAUCCUUUGGAGUGAGCAAAGGGGUGCUUGGAUGACUCUGGCGAUUGAAAGGUUUGGCAAGUACCUGGAAACUUGGCCAAAGACGCUCUCGGAAUGGGAUGAGAUCAAGCUCAUUGAGGAAAUUGUUUCUGACAUUCAAAAGAAAUUACACCAUGAGCCCUCACCCUCAAUCGAUGCAGAACGCCUUGUUGGAAUGAAAUCACGCGUUAAAGACAUCGAUUCAUUGCUAUCCUUUGGAUCAACCGGUGUGCUCAUUGUGGGAAUCUGGGGGAUGGGUGGUAUAGGUAAGUCAACAACGGCUGAAGCCGUGUAUCAUCGAAACUGUAGUAAAUUUGAAGGCCAUUGCUUUUUCCAAAAUGUUAGGGAAGAAUCACAGAAGCAUGGAAUAGAUCAUGUAAGACAGGAAAUUCUUGGUGAAGUAUUAGAGAAGAAAGAUAUGACUAUACGCACAAAAGUGUUACCCCCGGCCAUUAAGCGAAUGCUUCAAAGAAAAAAAGUUCUCAUAGUUCUUGAUGAUGUCAACGAUCCACAAGUUUUAAAAUAUUUACUAGGAGAGGAUGGUUUGUUUGGCCAAGGAAGUAGAAUCAUGGUGACAAGUAGAGAUAGGCAAGUGCUUAUAAAUGAAUGUGAUGAAGACAAAAUUUACGAGGUUGAAAUUUUAGAGGAAGACGAUGCACUUCGACUCUUCAGCUUACAUGCUUUUAAACAAAAUAAUCCCAUAGAAGGAUAUAUUGGGCUAUCAAAAACCGUGGUAAGCUGUGUUAAGGGCGUUCCAUUAGUUCUCGAGGUUUUAGGUGCCAGUCUAUGCAGAAAGACUAGUGUAGAAUACUGGGAAAGCAAGGUGGCACAGCUAAGAAAAAAUGGUUGCGAGGACAUUAAGAAAUGUUUGGAAAUGUGCUAUCAUGAACUAGAUCAGACAGAAAAGAAAAUAUUUCUUGAUAUAGCAUGUUUCUUUGGACGGUGCAAAAGGGAUCACCUCCAACAAACACUCGAUCUGGAAGAAAGAAGUGGGAUAGAUCGUCUCAUUGAUAUGUGUCUCAUAAAAAUUGUUCAAAACAAGAUCUGGAUGCAUGAUGUGCUAGUAAAACUAGGGAAAAAAAUUGUCCACCAAGAAAACGUUGACCCUAGAGAACGUAGCAGGUUGUGGCAGGCUGAUGAUAUCUAUCGUGUAUUAACAACUCAGAGGACUGGAUCAAAAAUGGAAAGCAUUUCCCUCAACUUGCUUGCAAUUACUGAAGAAAUGAUCUUAAGUCCUACAGCAUUUGAAGGGAUGUAUAAUUUAAGAUUGCUCAAAAUCUACUACCCACCUUUCUUAAAGGAUCCCUCAAAGGAGCAAAUUAUGAACGGAAAGAGGGUCGGAAUCCACCUUCCAGGAGGGCUUCACUUUCUUUCAAGUGAGCUAAGUCUUGCUAGUCUACCGGACAACAUUGAUGAGUUAAAAUCUCUUGUAGAGCUUGAUCUUUAUUCUUGCUCAAAACUAGCAAGUCUUCCAAAUAGCAUUUGCAAGUUGAAAUGUCUUACUAAGCUUAGUCUUGGUCGUCAGCCAAAACUAGCAAGUCUACCUGACAACAUUGGGGAGCUGAGAUCUCUUGUAAAGCUUAGUCUUUCUUCUUGCUCAAAACUAGCCAGUCUACCCGACAGUAUUGGCGAGUUGAGAUCUCUUGUAGAGCUUCAUGUUUUUUCUUGCUCAGGACUAGCAAAUCUACCAGACAGCAUUGGCGAGUUGAGAUCUCUUGAAGAGCUUGAUCUUAAUGGUUGCUUUGGACUAGCAAGUCUACCAAACAGCAUUGGCGAGUUGAAAUCUCUUCAAUGGUUUGAUCUUAAUGGUUGCUUUGGACUAGCAAGUCUACCAGACAGCAUUGGCGCGUUGAAAUCUCUUCAAAGGCUUUAUCUUGAUGGUUGCUCGGGACUAGCAAGUCUACCGAGCAGCAUUGGUGGGUUGAAAUCUCUCAAAUCGCUUUUCUUAAGAGUAGCAAGUCAACAAGACAGCAUUGACGAGUUGGAAUCUCUUAAAUCGCUUAUUCCUAGUGGUUGCUUAGGACUAACAAGUCUACCAGACAGUAUUGGUGCACUGAAAUCUCUUGAAAACCUUUAUUUUAGUGGUUGCUCAGGACUAGCAAGUCUACCAGACAAUAUUGGCUCGUUGAAAUCUCUCAAAUCACUUACACUUCAUGGUUGCUCAGGACUAGCAAGUCUACAAGACAGAAUUGGCGAGUUGAAAUCUCUUGAAAAGCUUGAGCUUAAUGGUUGCUUAGGACUAGCAAGUUUACCGGACAACAUUGGCACAUUGAAAUCUCUCAAAUGGCUUAAACUUGAUGGUUGCUCAGGACUAGCAAGUCUACCGGACAGAAUUGGCGAGUUGAAAUCUCUUAAACAACUCUAUCUUAAUGGUUGCUCAGGACUAGCAAGUCUAACGGACAACAUUGGCGAGUUGAAAUCUCUUAAACAACUCUAUCUUAAUGGUUGCUCGGGACUAGCAAGUCUACCAGACAGAAUUGGCGAGUUGAAAUCUCUUGAACUGCUCGAACUUAAUGGUUGCUCAGGACUAGCAAGUCUACCAGACACCAUUGACGCAUUGAAAUGUCUCAAAAAGCUUGAUUUUUUUGGUUGCUCGGGACUAGCAAGUCUACCGAACACCAUUGGCGAGUUGGAAUCUCUCCAACAGCUUCGUCUUGUUGAUUUCGCACAACUAGCAAGUCUACCGGACAACAUUGGCGCGAUGAAAUCUCUUGAAUGGCUUGUACUUUCUGGUUGCUCAGGACUAGCAAGUCUACCAGACAACAUUGGCGAGUUGGAAUCUCUCCAAUCUCUUCUUCUUAGUGGUUUCUCACAACUAGCAAGUCUACCAGACAGCUUUGGCGCGUUGAAAUCUCUCAAAUCGCUUAGUCUUUUUGAUUGCUCAGGACUAGCAAGUCUACCGGACAACAUUGGCGAGUUGGAAUCUCUCCAAUCUCUUCAUCUUAGUGGUUUCUCACAACUAGCAAGUCUACCGAACAGCAUGACUGCGUUGAAAUCUCUCAAAUCGCUUAGUCUUUAUGGUUCCCCGGGAUUAGCAAGUCUACUGGACAACAUUGGUGCGUUGAAAUCGCUAAAUUCGCUUUAUCUUAGUGGUUUCUCAGAACUAGCAAGUCUACCGGACAACAUUUGCGCAUUGAAAUCUCUUGAAUCGCUUAGUAUUCGUGGUUGCUUAGGACUAGCAAGCCUACCGGACAACAUUGGCGGGUUGAAAUCUCUUACGUGGCUUAAUCUUUCUGGUUGCUCAGGACUAAAAAGUCUACCGGAUAGCAUUGGCGAGUUGAAAAAUCUUAUGACGCUCUUUCUCGGUGGUUGCUUAAAACUAGCAAGUCUUCGAGAUAACUUCAUUGAUAUUGAAUUUAGAGGACUUGACAAACAGCGUUGUUAUACACUGAGAGGAUUCCAGAAAGUAGAAGAAAUUGCAUCAUCCACCUAUAAAUUGGGCUGCCAUGAAUUUUUAAAUUUGGGAAAUUCUCGUGUGUUAAAAACUCCACAGAGCUUAGGCUCUUUGGUGUCGCUAACAAAAUUGAGAUUAUCUGAGAUUGAUUUUGAGAGGAUACCUGCAAGCAUCAAGCACCUUACUAAGCUACGAGAACUCUAUUUAGAUGACUGCAAGCGGCUUCAAUGUUUACCAGAGCUUCCAUCGACUCUACAAGUUUUAAUCGCAUCAGGCUGCAUCUCUCUAAAAUAUGUAGCAAUUAUAUCCAUGCAAGGUGAUAGAGAAUAUGACGAUGCUUCUCAGGAAUUCAGUUUCUCCGGAUGCCUCCAACUGGAUCAGAAUUCACGCACUAGAAUUAUGGGUGAUGCCCGUUUACGAAUUCAACGCAUGGCAACAUCGUUGGUUUAUCAGGAAUAUCAUCGUCAGAACAAUAGAGUUCGGUUGUGUAUUCCCGGGUCGGAAGUCCCGGAGUGUUUCAGUUAUAAAAAUAGAGACGGAUCUUCAGUAAAAAUCCGGCAACUAGCUCGGUGGCAUCGUGGUUUCACUUUAUGCGCUGUUGUUUCAUUUGGCCAAAGCGAGGAAAGGCGUUCGGUUAAUAUUGAGUGUGAAUGCCAUUUGAUAAUCAAAGAUGAAACCCAGAUUGAUCUCAGUUCCUACUACUACAAAGAAUAUGAAAUAAUGGCGUGGAGUAGUACUGUAUGGAAAAAGGAGCAAGUGUUCAUUUGGAGUGUCCACUGUAAGUGCUUUUUCAAGGAGGCCUCGUUCCAUUUCAAACCACUGUGCGGAGCUACUGAUGUGGUGGUUAAGUGUGGAGUCCAUCCAUUGUUAAAGUAGGAGCAACCAUACGCUAAAAUGGACAAACUUGUGACAUUGUGUCAGGAGAAACUAUUAAUUCGGAGGAGGAGAGCGUAUCUAAUAGAAUUCGACAAGUUUCCCCAUCUCAGGGUCCAAGACUGCCCAUUUUGCAGAAAAUUAUCAAUUUAAGUGAUAAAAUUCAG